AGGGGACUGGCCAGCAGUAUGUCUAAGAACCGGGACACAGCUGUGGUGACAGUAGGCUUCCGUCAAGGUAGUAAGGUGGAUAGUGUGCCCAUGGGCAGCCGGAUGAUCCACAUCCCAGAGGCCUUGACUGGGCAGCGGGGUCCAGGCAAACCCCAGUCUUCAGGCCUGAGGCAUGGGCGUCUGAUGCACCAGAGCACCCUGUCACUAGGGGACCCACAGGGAUCUGGGACCAGCUACACAACCACACACACUCAGAGUUACUGUGGGCGGGAGGCCGACGGCCAACCUCUGGUCUUCUUUCCCCGAGAUCCCGCCUACCCCUCCCAGCACACCAGUCAGCUGGACCUGAGUCACACAUCCAUCUGCCAAUUACAGACACACAGCAGAGACAUCCAUAACCCCAAAGACAUCAUCCCGUUCAAUGUUCUUCAUAGGCUGGGUCAGAGUAAUUGGUCUCGUAAUCGCGAGGGCGAGGCCAUGAGAGAGGUGACCAAUCCCAAGGAGCCCACCCCCUACUGGACGACCUAUCGCAGUGAGCACAGGAGUCCUAGCCCCUCUCCCUCACCACACGACCCCACUGGUAGACCCACACUGUGGCAUCAACAUGAUAUACUGACAGGUGAGACCAGGACUCCAGCAGGUCCAGGUAACCCUAGGAGACAGUCUGGAGAGAGAGUCCUGUGGGCAACACGACGCUGGGAGACGGACUGCUGUUCCCUCCGACUCUACUAAAACACACAAUUCAACUGUACGUGUACACACACACACAAAACCAGUCCACUAACACUA